CCAGGAAGUUGACAGCCCACUGCGGUGAGAAAGGACACAACAAGAGCUCUUUAAGUCUGCACAAAACGCCUGGAAAACCCAAACAUUUACAAUUAAUCGACCAGAACUGCUUUUCUGGAGGCGCAGACGGAAGUAACAGGGGUCCUUUUCUAUUUUUAAAUUGCUCUUCACGCCUUGCUGUCAUUAUGGACUCUUCUCCAGUCCUUCGUCAGCAAAGUCAGAACAAAAUCCACAGUGAUCUCAUGAGAACAAAGAAUGAACAUAACAAAAUGCCACCAUACCCAAAGCCUUCCAAACUCCUCUCUGCGCCUCCCCUUUCCAACCAAAAUACUGAGAACCAGGAUCCAGGAAAUUCAGAAAUGGGUAGGAAGGCACCUGUGCGACCAGGUAUGAGUAGGCUUCCAGUGCUUGCAAAGAGCCUUCAUCUCCAGACUCCGUCCGACUUCAGUCAGUCUCACUGUAGGUGGGAGGAGAAACCUCUGGCUGGGAAACUUAAGAAGAAAAAGCCAGUCACCAGGCCUGUACCUUUCAACCUGUCUCAACCCAAGAGCUCAAGAAUAGCCACUGAAAAUCAACACCCUGUCACUGUUUCACAAUCAAGGACUGGCACUCAUGCUGUCCAGCCUGAUAAGAAUUUAUGCAAUGCUCGUCUAAAAACCCAAAACUUGAAUACAAAACCUGCAGCUAGGUUAAACCGCAAUGUGGACUCAACUAAAGGCACGGGGAAGUCAAGUGGAAAGGUGUCAGAAAAUACAUCCCAGCCCUCCAACACAUUUAAGACUUCAGCCACUUUGUCCAAUCCUUUAUCCUCCGUUUCUAAUAUUGCAAUGCAUCAGUCCAGCGCUGCUUCUUCUGCACAGCCUGCUGUUAAUGCAGACACCUGUUUAGAUAACAUGAGCCUGCUCAGUCUCAAAGAUCCAGCCAAGACAUCCCAAGGUAGUCAGAACAUGCAGCUGACCAUGCAGGGCAGUUCAGCUGAAAAAGGAGAGAACUUUCAAUCUGAUCACACGGCUUUGCUGAGUAUUCUCCGCAACGAAGGAGUAAGCACCACAGGUCUGGGAUCUGGAACUCCACACUCCAAACCCUAUAACUAUCUGCCCCAGCGAGUGUCUGUCAUGAAGAGUCGACAGAAAGCGAGACCCACAAUGGGAUCAGUGAAGUCGAUGCCGUUCUCCCCGGACCCCGCUGCACUGGAAAGUAUCUUGCAGAACGAGGGAGUGAAGGUUGGAGGGCCUGUGGGUGCCACACCCGGAAACUCUGUCUGUCCUUCAGGCAGAGGCACUUCCAUCUACACAGCUCAGAGAGUGCCAGUGAAGAAGAAUCAUGCAGAGGCGAAUGGAGGAGCAAUAGCAAUGGCACUCAAAGAGACUCCGCAGAAGAAAUGGACUCCUCAGAGGGUCCGCAACACCAGACAUCAGCCCAUGUCUGCCAUGAAAUGGCAUCUGUCGACACAAAAGUCACCGUACGUCGGCACUCCCGGGCUGCGGAGCUGCAAAACCAACCUUCAGCCGCACCAGGAGACGAUUGUCCAGAGAUUAUUCGAUGAUCAAGAAGACGAGCACAGCACGAAUGUGAUGGACAAGCAUCCUGAGACACAAGCGGAGCAGCUUCCAGCUCAAGCCGCAACUGCUAAAUCCCUCUGUGAAGAAAAGGUAGAGAUGAGCAGGACAAACAGGGAGGAGGAUGAAAAGGAGAAGGAGCAAAGGAUUGUGGGAGGACAGUCGUUCUUUCAAGCACCACAAAGAGAGUCUGUCAUUUUUUUCUCAACGGGCAAAGCGCUGUUAAGAGCUCCUUGUUUUGAGAAGCAGGAGAGCUCAGCCCGACAUGAGCAGCACAUCCCCGUGCUGCCAGUACAUGAAGACGUGUCAUCUGUGUCAGUGCCAACCUGUCAGAUCAACCCUCCUGUUCAGAGUCUGCACAGAGACCUCAUAGUUCAGAAGACUUGUUCCCUGAGUCCUGCAGUGGCGAUGCUGCGUAAGCGUCUUCCUCCUCUGGAGGAGCUUCGAAUGGACGAGGAGGUGGCCUCCUACACCUCAGUGUCUGUCCCAGAUGCUCCUGGGUUUCUCCCCCCUCGGCCCCGCUGUGGGAACCCAUUGGCGUCUAUCCUGCACAUGGAGGAGUCCUCUAGAUUUGUUCCGAUUGGCUUCGACUUCUCGUCCAGCUGUUCGUCUCCAUGUAGCUCUCCACCUGAGGAGAGAUGACUUUGCACUACAAGUACAGUAUUUGUGUUACUGUUGAUAAGAUAAGUUCACUCUGGUGUACUGAUGAGUCUUUUUUAAUGGAACUGAUUUUGUUUGUCCAACACUGUUGUUGCCAGCCUUAAUACAAGUCCAAAGAACGCUGCUAGGAAUUUUUUUUAGAAACCCUUUUGUCUUAAACAUAUGUAUGAACACUCUCAUGAGAUGCUUUCUAAAGGAAUAAAGGUUAUUUCUGUGAAGUAAUGCAUCUUUUACACUGCAGGCACUCAUGUUUGUCAAUAAUGUAGAUGCACGCCUACUAGAAAAAAUGAAAAAAUGUCUGUUGAAAAAAAAUUACGAACGUUUUUUAUUGAAGACUCCGGCCGUUAUCAGUGUUAUAGCUUUAGGUUACAUAUAGAUCAGGACGGCUCGGAGCAUCGCACCAGUAUCUUGUGUGGGUUCAAAAUGAUAAAUGUUUGUAAUGUACAGUGUUUAUAAUAAAUGUAUAUAUGUAA